UUUCAUUUCUCUCAUAAUCCCUCCAACAAUUUAACUUCCAAAGCCAAUGGCCAAAAUGGCAGUUUCUAACGACCGAGAUCUCCAAGCCACCGAGCUCCGUCUCGGCCUCCCCGGCUCCAACGAACCUGAUCGCUGCAGCGGGUUAAAGCCGAACAAGAGACCCUUUUCAGAGAUUGAUAAGGAAAGUAACAGCAGCGUUUCGGAUGCCGGGAAUUGCCUCAAUCAAAGCUCCCAAUCUCCUCCCUCCAAGGCACAAGUUGUUGGAUGGCCACCGGUUCGAUCGUACCGGAGGAAUUGUUUGGCCGGAAAGAAAAACGAGGUAGAAAGUUGUGGCGGAGUGUACGUGAAAGUGAGCAUGGACGGAGCUCCAUACUUGAGGAAGCUUGAUCUAACCAUUUACAAAAGCUAUACCGAGCUCGUGAAGGCCUUGGAAAACAUGUUCAAGUUCAAUCUCCGUAGUUACUCAGAGAAAGAAGGUUUCAAUAGAUCGGAUUACGCAGCAACUUACGAAGACAAAGACGGCGACUGGAUGCUUGUGGGCGAUGUUCCAUGGGAAAUGUUCAUCUCGUCUUGCAAAAGGCUGAGGAUCAUGAAAGGAUCAGAAGCAAGAGGGUUAUCGGAGAACCGCUGUUGAUGCAAGCUUUUUCUAACACUAGCUGAUGGCUAACACGAGAAAGAAAGGAU